AUGGCACUGAGGCCGGUGCUUCGUGUGGUGCGUGAGGCCUUUGGUCGCGGUGGGUCCAUGCUCGAGGCGCUGAGGGCUGAGGAGGAGCUCUUCCGUCGCGUCAUCCGUGGUGAGGGCGGUGGGAGGACGGCAGGGCAUGCCGCAUCGCCACCAUCGGACGGCUGGCUGGUCUUGUCGCGGUGUCCAGAGCCGACGGUGGUGCUGGGCGUGGCCGGGCGAGUGUCCAAGGAUGUGCGGACUGAAGCUGUGGCCGCCGACGGCGUCAAGCUCGUCCGCCGAUACACCGGCGGAGGAACGGUGUACGUGGCGAAGGGCACUAUGCUCGCCUCGCUCAUCCUCGACGCUCGCGCUGUGCCGCAGCUUGCGGCAUCGGCGUCGGCGCUCUCGCCCAAAAGCCUCAUGGAGUGGUCUCAUCACGCGGUGUACGGCCCAGCGCUUCGGCAGGACGCCUUUGCGCUGCGCGAGAACGACUACAUCGCCGAGAGCAGCAGCGAUGGCGCACCACCGCCGGCCAAGUUUGCCGGCAACGCGCAGUCGCUUGCCCGCCACUACUUUGUGCACCACACCUCGUUUCUCUUUGACUUUGAUCCAGCGCUCCUGGAGCGUUAUCUCACCCUGCCCGAGAAGCGGCCGCAGUAUCGCGCCUCGCGCUCGCACUCCGACUUUGUGCGAGCGCUGGGCCCACAUGGCACUGGGCUCGGCUGGAUCGCCUCGCCUGAUGACUUCUUUGAUGCGGUCGAGGCCAGCCUUGCCCACGACUAUGAUCUCGUCCCGGCCUCGCGCGCGGAUGUCGACGCCGCCAUCGCCGCAGCCUCCGCCAAGCCGCUAACCAAGUACCGCACCCAGCCUCUGGACAUUGAGACCGAGCUGGCUGCGGAUGCCGCCCGCGCCGCCCGCAUCGCCGCCAAGGCUAGCAAGCCGGCUAAAGCCACCAAGAAGUAG